CAGUGUUUACAAGCCGCUCAGUGAACACAGAGAGUAGACGACGCAGAAGAAGUCGCCUGUCCAGCGUGAAGCGUUAGCGCUACAGCUAAGUAAAGCGCGGUUGAGUGUAACACCGUGUGGAAAAAUCACAUUUACAUUAUCAUCAGUUAAAUUAGUGCUUUGUCCUCCGUGAAGCACACGCCGAGAGGACGACUAGACUGUUUAUCCGGAGAAGCUUUAUUCUCAGACAGGAAGAAUGACUGAACCGGAAGUCAAUCCAAAGGCAUAUCCUCUGGCUGAUGCCACUUUAACUAAAACCAUUCUGGAUUUGGUGCAACAAGCAGCCAACUAUAAACAGCUGAGGAAAGGAGCUAAUGAAGCUACCAAAACUCUCAAUCGUGGGAUCUCCGAGUUCAUAGUGAUGGCUGCUGAUGCAGAGCCGCUGGAGAUCAUUCUUCAUUUGCCACUGCUGUGUGAGGAUAAGAACGUCCCGUAUGUGUUUGUGCGCUCCAAGCAGGCCUUGGGCCGAGCGUGUGGAGUGUCCCGGCCUGUAAUCGCCACCUCAGUCACUAUAAAGGAGGGAUCACAGCUCAAGCCUCAGAUCCAGUCUGUGCAGAUGGCCAUUGAGAGACUGUUGGUCUGAUUGAGGCUUGGGGAACUAGACAAAAUGCCAACUAAAAUUCUGAAUGAGCUUGUUUAAUUUUGUUUAAAGCAUGGCGAAGUGUUUGGCAUGAUUUAAUUUUAGUUUGGAUAUUCCUGAAUUUCCCUUUUCCAGGUGUACUUCCAGGUGUACUAUUUACUUUAAAAUGAUGUAUACAUUGCAAGUCUUCAUACAUUUGGUUUUUUUAACAAUUUGCCUUUUUUUUUUUUUUUUUUUACUUUUGUAAAAUCUGUUGAUCCACUUGAACAUUUUCUGCAGAAUCUUUUACAUGCUUGUAAUAAAUGAAAUGUUCACCUA